AUGGCUGCUGUUAUGAGACCAGAUAACACCUGGGGCGCACCACCCCCAUACCACUCCCACCCCCCGACGGCAACCCCUCGUCGCCCCCACUCCAAAUCCCUCUCCAGCACCACCCCACGGCCCACCCCGCGCCCACGAAGCACCUCAACGGGCGCUCGCCCCCUCGCCACCCUCCAGCGCGAAGCCCGCCGUGCCCACCGCUCACCACAUCUCAAGAAGUCUGCCAUCCCAGGUCCAGACACCAUCGACCGUCUCGACAACAUUCUCGGUGGCACCCCAUACCACCACGAAGGUCCAUUUGACGCCACUCUGCGCGCAAGACAGAUUCCCGGAAGAAGCCCCGUGGAGGCGCUAGCGUGGAGUAAUGCAAAGGCGAUUGCGGCGACGCCGAGAGAGAACAUCAUUGAUUGCUUGGAGAAGCAUAGGCCGUUGCAGGGGACGGCGAGUGUGCCCGUGGGCAUGAGGACCGCCGCGGGGCAGGUGAUGGGCGAUUAUGAGGAGGUUGAUCUCAUGGUGGAGAGUGGGUAUCGGAGGUAUCCGGGACUUGACUAUUUGGAUGAAGAUAAGAAAGGAAAGGGAGAGCCCGGAUACACGCUCGACAAGUUCGACAAGCAGCAGAAGGCGGCGCGGAAGGCGAGGAAGACGCAGAGCCUGGGACGCAACGACUAUGAGCCAUAUUCUGACAACAAGACCGGUGCGCACACGCUCGCUGUGCCUACGACCGCGAGUGGGUAUGAGGGCGCCGGCGUGAGGCGGAACAAGAGCUCUGCCGGACGAAUGGAGGGCGGCGAGUCAUUUGGUGAUAAGUUGAAGAAGAGGUUCAACUUGAAGAGGAGGUUGAGCUAG